CUGUGCUUCACGUAUCCUCGACCGCAACGACCCAAAGGGGCGCUGUCCUUUAACCAAACAAAAACACCGCUUUUGACGAGGGAGCAGAUUUUGACGUAACACCUGUUCCGGGAUCUGUAAUUAAUACGUUGCAGGCUAAAUUGGCGAUUUUGAACCGUCAAACAUGAACGCUUACGAUUCGUUUUUGUUCUUAUAAGAUGGAUGGGGUGCCUUGCCUUCGCGUGUCGCAGUGUCACGCGCAGCAACUCAGGAGAUGUCUACAGUCCAGGGGGGCUCUUGAUCUCGGUUUGUCUUUACUGAAAGACUCAGAUGAGACCGUCCUCUUGCCCAUUGCAUCCUCCCGCCUGCCACACCUCGAUCUGCUCUCUCUCAGAACGACACUGGCUCCAGAUGGCACUUUUGAAAUAGUAUGGAGUCAGUCUCCCCUGCAGUCAAAGAAAGUGAGGACAGGCGGCCAUAAACUGGAGCGAAUCCUCCAGGAGUGGUUGGAACCUCAGGGUGAGAGGUGGACGGAGGAGCUGAGGGGGGACCUGCCUCGCAGCUUCCAGAGGCACGGAGACCUGCUCCUGCUGGGGGAGCGAUGCUUCUCCCUGCCGCUGUGGAAGAAGAUGGAUCAACAGAUAUGGAGUGCGGUGGCAAGAGCACUGGGGGCCAAACGGCUGGCAAAGAUGAGUCGAAUAUCCAGAGAUGGGUUCAGGUCUCCCGUGGUGACGAUGCUGGUGGGAGAGCACAGCUGGGUGAAACAUGUGGACAACGGGAUUAGUUAUGAGUUUGAUGUCACGCGAUGCAUGUUCUCAGCUGGAAACAUAACGGAGAAGCUCCGGGUGGCUGCAUUUGACUGCACAGGGGAGACUGUGGUGGAUCUGUAUGCAGGUAUUGGAUACUUCACCCUGCCCUAUCUGGUCCACGCGGGGGCCAGUCGUGUUCACGCCUGUGAGUGGAACCCCGAUGCAGUUAAAGCUUUACAGAAAAACCUGGAGGCAAACGGGGUUUCUGACCGCUGCACCAUUCACCAGGGAGACAACCGACAACUCCAGCUGUGUGACAUUGCCGACCGAGUGAACCUGGGUCUCGUACCGAGCUCCGAGGACGGCUGGCCCGUCGCCUGUCGGCUGCUCAACAGAACAUCAGGGGGCAUUUUGCACCUUCACCACAACGUGACGUCAUGCCACGGGGCUUCUGGGAGGAAAGCCGCCAGGGAGGCGUGGCGCGCCUGGGCCGACGGCGCGGCCCGCCGCAUCGCCUCCCUUCUGAAGGAGGUCACGGGCGCGCAAUGGACAACGAACACGCAGCGCAUAGAAGGCGUGAAGUCGUACGCGCCUCGUGUCCACCACGUUGUGCUGGACUUGGAGUGCAGACCCUCCUGAGCUGAGGGAGGGGAACACAAAUGCCCAGUGAAUUACCGAAAUUGAAUGUCCUGCUGUCUGGAGAAGAAACUCUGCAAGAAAGUUUUGUUUUGAAGACACUUCCAAUGAAACCAAACAAUAGCCGGGUUCUAUGUGAUUACAAUCCAUCAGGUAGUGAAAUCAGCUAAUGACUGCAUAAACCUUUUUAUUUAUUCUACAUAUGCUGUUUUUGUUUUUUUUAAGGAAACGUCCCGCUUUACAAACAUGCAAAAAUAAUCCCAUCUGUGAAACCACCAAGCUGCACCACAACCACGGCCUUAUCUGUUGCCCACUGGAUAGCAGCGGGUCAAAGUGAUUUGCUCAAGGGCAUCUCGCCGCUGUGUUGAACUCGCUGAAAACCCUUCCGCUCGCGGUUGGCUGAAAUGAUAAAGCUGUAGGCUGAGACGUGACCGCUGCCAGUGUGCUGGUAAUUACAGGAACACCCAAAGAUAUACGGAACUGCCAUCGAGAAAUGUGAGCAGGAAACACACACACACACACAUUAUAUAUAUAUAUAUAUAUAUAAUUAUAUUUGCAACAGCAGAAGGUGGCAGCCAAUUUAAUCCCUAUUACAUGACUUGAAAAAAGGAGGAAAAGAAACAGACCAAGUUGGGGCCUUUUGCUGACAUACCUGGGAGUCAAUGAAUGGAUUCGUAAGCCCCGAAAGGAUGUGAAUCAUGUGACAGCCACUUCACGGUCAGCCGGUUGCACCCUGAUUGAGAUGGGAGCAUUUUGACCCAAAUAAGGGAUAUUUCUUCUGCGUGACUGGGGUUCAAACCUCCCAGUAGAAAACGCCGGCGCCGCUGUGGUGAACCAACAUGUCACGUGUCUGUAUUUGCUGUGAGGGGGUGAGAUUUGCAGAAUUGAGUUUUGCCUUAAAGCUGAAGUAUCCAUGGUCAUUUAUGUCCAUUCUUUGCCUCUACAUGCAUGAAGACAGUGUUUCGGACAUAAACAUCAAUAUUUAAAUCGACUUUAAAUAAUAUGUGUCUGUACUAUUGGUCCAAGAGACCAUAUGAGAUUAUGAAUUAAUAGAUUAAUAAUCUCUCACACUGACCAAUUGUAUUCCAGAGAUUUGUUUAAAGUACGGUUGAGACGUCUAAAGUCUUUUUAUAGGCCCGGUGAUCAUUUGCUUAACAAUGUCCUCCAACAUCACUUUGCAUGCGCCUUCACAACAAAUGAUGGCACAACGUUUGCGCGUGCACACCACCUGCGCUGCGUUAUUUCCACCAAAGCAAUAAAGCCUCACAGCUUGUUGAUUUAGUGCACUUCUCGCUUAACUCUUU